ACACCCCAUGUGACUAUGACAGAGUGUGAGUCUGUUUUUCCUUAGGGAGGUUUCUGUAAGUUGACUGGCUCCUUCCUUCUCGUCCUGCCCUCCUGGACUAAACCCGUCUGGAGUUGGAGUCUUAACUGUCGCCUCAGCUCUCUCUCCCUCUCUCCCUCUCUCCCUCUCUCUCAGAGCGCACACAGGCGUCGGUUGCGUGAUGUCUCCCCUCGUUGCCCGCUUGCUGCUUCUUGUCUGCUUGGCUUCACCUCUUUAUGGCGUGGAAAAGGUGAGAAAUAGAGGAUACCGAAAGGAUCCUGACGCGGACAAGUAUGGCAGCUGCAUACAGGGGCCAGCAGGCACCACUGGCCGAGAUGGUAACCCUGGAACCAACGGCAUCCCGGGGACGCCGGGCAUCCCUGGCCGCGACGGGCUCAAAGGGGAGAAGGGCGAGUGCAUCAACGAGAUCUUCGAGGAGUCCUGGAGGCCCAACUACAAGCAGUGUGCCUGGAACUCUCUCAACUAUGGGAUCGACCUGGGUAAAGUAGCUGACUGCACGUUCACCAAGCUGCGUUCAGACAGCUCCCUCCGAGUCCUCUUCAGCGGCUCCCUCAGGCUCAAGUGUAAAAACGCAUGCUGCCAGAGGUGGUACUUCACCUUCAAUGGAGCAGAGUGCACGGGACCCCUCCCCAUAGAGUCCAUCAUCUACUUAGACCAAGGCAGUCCUGAGCUCAACUCAACCAUCAACAUCCACAGGACGUCCUCAGUGGAAGGCCUGUGUGAGGGUGUGAAAGCAGGGCUGGUGGAUGUGGCCGUGUGGGUGGGGACCUGUGCCGACUACCCCCGAGGGGACGCAUCUACAGGCUGGAACUCGGUAUCCAGGAUUAUCAUUGAGGAACUGCCCAAAUAAAUAGAAAGUUCCAUGUAAGGGAGGGCCCAGACCUGGUAUUACGACAGUGUGUUAUCUGGCCCUCCAAAACGAUCAGGUGCGGUUUGUCGAGGCGUCACAGCAUCACUUGAAUGUUUUUGUUUUUAUUGUGCUUAAAUACUAUACUAGUUGACAGGCCUAUAAACAAGAAUACUGUGUCAUACUGUCUACCAGAAAUACACUUUGUACUGUAGCUCUUCUGCUUAUGGGUGCUGACAUUGAGACAAGACAUUGAUAUUUAAACUGUACUCAUGUGACAUGUUUAUAUCCAUUAUUACUGUUAAUAAAGUUGUUUUUUUUUAAAGAAUUUAACUUGUAUGACCACUUGUUAUGUUUAGAAGCUUCGGAAUACUCACUCAAUUCAGAGUAGUCACAAAGUAAUACAUUUAAUGUAUUUAUUUUAUACACUAUCAAACAUGACAAUGCAGAAAAAGCAGUUUGGAUUUUA